GGUCGUUUUCCCCUCUUCCCUGAACGUCUUUCCCAGCUUAUAUUAUUGCCUAAUAAUCUCCGAUUCUCCAUAAUAACAAAAAUAAAGAAGCAACUUGUCCUAAUUAUCUAUAUCUCUCUCUCCAGCUGCUCCCAGCUCGUAGCUACAGACUGUGUAUAUAAACACCUCUUGCAUUGGAAAGUUGUCGGUUCCCUCCCUCACUUCCGUUUCGUGCUGCAGCUGAUUUCUCUUCCACAUUGCGUUCGAUCUUCUGCCUCCUUCUUUUCCUGGUGUUUCUGUUUCUGCACAGAAACGGAAGGUUUCCGUCGGUGAUCUGGCUGAGUGAAAGAUUGAGAGAAGAGGUUCCGAAGGCGUGUGGCAUGUUGUGUGGGAGUGUGCCUCGCUAAUCCAUCUAACAGUUCUGUUUUCCACAUCAGAACAAGGUGGCUAUGGAUUCGGAAGGAGAAAUCAAGGGGAAGUCGUUGAAGACCUUGAGUGAUCAGGUCUGCCAGAUUUGUGGUGAAGGUGUUGGCACAACUAUAAAUGGUGAGCCAUUUGUUGCCUGUGAUGUCUGCUCCUUUCCAGUGUGCAGGCCAUGCUAUGAAUAUGAAAGGAAGGAUGGGAGUCACUCUUGUCCCCAAUGUAAAACCAGAUACAAGAGGCAUAAAGGAAGUCCUGCAACACUUGGUGAAAGGGAAGAGCACGGUGAUGUUGAUGAUAGUGCAGGUGAUCUUCAGUACUCUUCAGAAAAUCAAAAUGAUAAGCAGAAGCUAACAGAGCGUAUGCUGAGCUGGCACAUGACUUAUGGACGCGAAGACAAUGUUCGCCCGAAAUAUGACAAAGACGUGUCCCACAACCAUAUCCCUCUGCUCACAAAUGGAACAGACGUUUCCGGAGAACUAUCUGCUGCAUCACCUGAACGCCUUUCAGUUGCAUCUCCUGGUCAUGGUGGCGGGAUUAAACGCAUACCGUAUUCAAAUUAUGCAAACCAUUCUCCCAAUAUUAGGGUUGUUGAUCCAGUGAGGGAGUUUGGAUCUCCAGGACUAGGUAAUGUUGCAUGGAAAGAAAGAGUAGAUGGCUGGAAGAUGAAGCAAGAUAAGCCUGGUAUUCCAAUAGCAACUAGUCACCCACCUUCUGAAAGAGGUGGAGAUAUUGAUACCAACACUGAUAUUCUUGUGGACGAUUCCUUACUAACACACAUUGUUCAAGUCAACACCAUGAGUGGAGCUGUUAUAAGUAAACAUUUGUGAUCUGUACAUGUCAUUAUGGUACAGGAAUGAUGAAGCUCGACAACCUCUUUCAAGGAAGGUUUCCAUUCCGUCAUCCAGGAUAAAUCCUUAUAGGAUGGUCAUUGUCCUGCGGCUUGUUGUUCUAUGCAUUUUCUUUCAUUAUCGACUUACGAACCCAGUGCCCAAUGCAUUUGCUCUCUGGCUUAUAUCAGUAAUAUGUGAGAUUUGGUUUGCGAUAUCGUGGAUUCUUGAUCAGUUCCCCAAGUGGCUGCCGGUAAACCGUGAAACAUAUCUUGACAGACUUGCUCUUAGGCAAGAAAUUGUUACUUUUUCU